UAGUAAUUGCAUUGCAAUACAUUAUAUAAUAAAAUAAUGGCCUUAAAAAUAGUCAUAAUCGCAGCUGUAGUUAUGACAGUACUGGUCAUCAGUGGACUUGUAGUAUUGGGCGUAUAUUUCAUUUGGUUGACACCCGACUCAAGUAAUAAGUCGACUAACAGUACCACAACUGCUGUCAUUAAUGUCAACCGUGCUUUGACUGUCAGUACGACUCGUAAGAGAAUCACAGAAAUACCGUACGGUAUGACAGCUCCUGGUGAUUGGUAUAAAAAACUGCCCGUCCCACCCGAUAAUAUGACUAAAUUUAGUCGGUCAUGUCUGAAGGCACAUAACUACUAUCGGUCCUUUCAUAAGGUUCCCAAUCUGACACUCUCUCAGUUUCUCAUUGACUAUUCGUGGAAACGGGCGCUUGAAUUGAGAGCACAGGGAUGUAAUUCAUUAAAGCACCCGAACUGGCAUCCGAACCGACCCGGAGAUAAUAUAUGGUUUUUCUGUAAUUCAAAGAUAUUGUCACCUGAAUUCAUGGCUAACAAUGUUCACUGUUAUUCAGCUGUCUGGGCCUGGUAUGACGAAUUGAAAUAUUAUAACUACAAAACUGAAAACCCAUUUCCACAAUUCAAAGACAAACUGAUCAACCAUUUCACUCAAGUUGUUUGGCUCGGAUCUGUUGAAUUGGGAUGUUCUGUCAUUCAAAACUAUACGACCAAAUGUGUUACCAUGAUAUGCACCUACUGGCCCGGAGGUAACAUUAACUAUGAACACUACAAAAAUGUAUUCAAACCAAUUCAAAAUGCAUCGAUGUUUAAAAUUGAUUGA